GGAUGAUGUCGUACCUGAAAGUAAUGAUCAUAUGGAACGUACUUUGUGUAUCCUUGGUGAUCCUUUCCUUGUCCGUGAUUCAAGAAGUGUCUUCUCAAGAUUUAUGGAGCUGUACAGGGAGAUGUGGGGAAGGGUAUUCUAGAGAGCAUGGCUGCCACUGUGAUUAUAACUGCCAAUACUACAUGGAAUGCUGCGCUGACUUCAAGAAAGUCUGCACGGUGGCAGUCUCCUGCAAAGGACGUUGCUUUGAAUCCUUUGAAAGAGGAAGAGAGUGUGACUGUGAUGCAGACUGUGAAAGAUAUGGCAAAUGCUGCCCUGACUAUGCAAAACACUGUAAAGAAGCACACACAGAAAAGACAACACCCAAGACUCCUCCACCAAAUAAAUCAACAUCCAAGAGGUCAUCUGCAAAUGAAGAAAAGAAGCCAGAGGAAGUAACACAGCCCCAUGAAAUUAUAGAAGAUAUGGGCAGUGAAGAAAUGGUGACCAGUCCUCCUCCAACUACAAAACACCCAGAUACAACACCACCAAUCAAAGCAACCACAAUUAAACCAUCGACUCCAAAACCUAGUUUAACACCUACCACAAGUAUUACCACAAAACCAACAACUUCCAAAGCUGAAGAGACAACCCCCGAAGAUACAGAGGCUCCAACAACUGAGGCAGACCCUACCAUCACACCCAAAGAGGAAGAGAUAACCCCUGAAGCCACAGAGGAACCCAUGACUGAGGCAGACUCUCCCGCCAGCCCCAAAGCCGAGGAGACAACCCCUGAAGCCACCGAGGCUCCAACAACUCCAAAAGCUGAGGAGACAACCCCUGAAGCCACCGAGGCUCCUACAACUCCGAAAGCCGAGGAAACAACCCCUGAAGCCACCGAGGCUUCAACAACUCCGAAAGCUGAGGACACAACCCCAGAAGCCACCGAGGCUCCAACAACCCCUAAAGCCGAGGAGACAACCCCUGAAGCCACUGAGGCUCCAACAACCCCUAAAGCCGAGGAGACAACCCCUGAAGCCACCGAGGCUCCAACAACCCCUAAAGCCACCGAGGCUCCAACAACCCCUAAAGCCGAGGAGACAACCCCUGAAGCCACCGAGGCUCCAACAACCCCUAAAGCCGAGGAGACAACCCCAGAAGCCACCGAGGCUCCAACAACUCCGAAAGCUGAGGAGACAACCCCUGAAGCCACCGAGGCUCCAACAACCCCUAAAGCCGAGGAGACAACCCCAGAAGCCACCGAGGCUCCAACAACCCCUAAAGCCGAGGAGACAACCCCUGAAGCCACUGAGGCUCCAACAACUCCGAAAGCUGAGGAGACAACCCCUACAGCUGAGAAGACAAUCCCUGAAGCCCCUGAGGCUCCAAUGACCCCCAAAGUCGAAGACACAACCCUGAAAGCCACCGAGGCUCCAACAACCCUCAAAGCUAAGGAGCCCGCCCCAAAAGUUACCAAGGCUCCAAUGACCCCCAAAGCCAAGACAACCCCGAAAGCCAUGGAGGCUCCAACAACCAAGGCUGACUCUUCCACCACCCCUCAAGCCACUGAGGCUCCAACAACCCCUAGAGCUGCAAAGAAAACCCCAAAAGCCACCAAGGCACCAAAAACUGAGGCUGAGUCUCCCACCACCCCUAAAGCAAAAGAGACAACUCCUCUGGCCACAGAGGCACCAACAACCAAGGCAGGCUCUCCCACCAUCCCUAAAGUCGAAUUCAUUACCCCUGCACCCCUCAACAUUAAAUCAGACACAACUAUUUCAGGUGAGGAGUCUGCAACUACACCUGUUAAAAAUGACAAAACGACAGCUAAACCUGUAACAACUCCUGUAACCAAAGAGACAACAACUAAAAAGGAAACAACCACAGUGAACAAAGAGAUAACAACACCCAAGAAAGACAAAACUACUGUGCUUAAAGACAUUUUAACAGCAGGUAGGAAAGACACAACCACUGUAACCAAGAAGCCUACCAUGGCUGAUGACUUUCCUGAAGGUACAGACAAUAUUCCAAGUAUAGCUCCUGCAGCCAAACAAGUUGUAACUACAGCAGCUGAAUUAGAAGCAACUACUGUAGACAAAAAGACUGCAGUGGCUACAGAAAAAGAAGCAAUCCCAGCUACACAAGACAAAACUCCCAAACCAAGAGAGAGUUUAGCACCAACAGCUAAGGAAGAAGAACGUCUGGUGAGUACCGUGAUUGUAACAACACCAGCAGCUACAACUCCCAUGCGCAAGCCCACCCUGCUGCCAACAACUGCCAAAACAGAUUCAGCUCCUAAAACCAGGGAGACUGUGACAACAACUAAAAGUGAUACAACUACAGAGAAUAAACAGACUGUAGCAGCAGCACCUAAUGAGUGUGUAAUUACCACUAAAGAGACAACAACAGAUAGUAAAAAAGAGAUAACUACCCUCACUGAUGAAACUAGCUACACAACUGAAAAAGAAAUAGAAGAUGCCACUGAAAAGGCCCCUAGUCUUGAAAAGAAAGAGGAAACUACAGUUAUUAGAGAGAGAACUACAACAGUUAAAAAAGAUACAAUAGAAGAAAUGUUUAUUGUUUCGAGAGGGACAUCCAAGCCAGAUAUUCAUUUCCAGGAGGUUACUGACACACGUGAUGAGCCUCAUCCAGCCAACCCUGAAACCAUGCCAGUAAAAGAAGAGCCUGAGAUAAACAAGCCUUUAAUACAAACUGUGGACUUGCCAGUUCUACCUGGAGAAACACAAGUGGACAAGACCGAUGAGAAGGACCUGUGCAGCGGGAAGCCGGCGGACAGCAUGGUAGCCCUGCCCAACGGCACCCUGGCUGUCUUCCGAGGUCACUACUACUGGCUGCUGAAUGGCAGGAGCCCACCGACCACCAACCCCCGCCGGAUCAGCGAGGGCUGGGGCAUCCCGUCCCCCAUCGACACCGUCUUCUCCCGGUGCAACUGUGACGGGAAGACCUUCUUCAUCAAGGGUAACCUAUACUGGCGUUUCACUAAUGGUGUGAUGGACAAAGGCUAUCCCAAACCUCUUGCAAACGGAUUUGCAGGGUUAAGUGGGAAAAUGGUAGCAGCGCUCCCUGUGGCAAGAUACAACAGCAGACCAGAGUCAGUUUAUUUUAUCAAAAGAGAUGGUAACAUGCAACAGUAUGUAUACAGACAAGAGCCAGCCAAGAAGUGCCAAAGAAAAGCCCGCAUUACCAUAAGAUACCCAGCUUUUGUCCCAAGGCUUGUAAUAAGGAGACGCUUUCAACGUGCAGUAGGAUUGCCAACCGUUGUUCAAACUGUCAGAAUCAAUCCAUAUCCAUCCGGAGUUCUGCGCAAGGAAGUCAAAAUGACCACCUACUGGAGAGGGCUCCCCAAAGUAAUUCAUUCAACUAUAUCAGUACCCAACUACAAUAAGCCAGAUGGCUAUGACUAUUACGCCUUCUCUUACAAUCGGUACUACAGUUUGGACGUGGGCAAAAGAAUAGCAAGACCUGUUACCGCUCUCACAGGAAAGACUGUAUCCAAAGACUGGUAUAACUGUCCUGAAAAGUGAUGCAGAGCAGAGGAUUUUUUUUAAAAAAAAGAUGCCAUUUGAAUUUUGACAGUUUGUCUGAUUUUAUUAAUAAAGACAUUGAAGUGUGUGCACACAAAUCUAAGUAUAAAAUGCUGCUUUAAGCUCUGGCUUCAUUACACUAAAGCAACCACGGGCAAACUGGCACAUUUGUAUACACAGCUGUAGUUACUUUACAGAUCAUUUAACUAAUAUUGCCUCUGUUCAGGCCUCCUCUGCCUCCCAUUGCAUGAGUUACACCUGUGUUGGGAAAGAAAACAAAUGCAUUACAAGAAAUCCUUUUCACCCUUUUAAUCAAACAUUAGUACACGUGAUAUUCAUCUUUCUCUAAAGAAUUUCUACUGCAUUGGAACUCUUCCUUUCUGGUAAAAUUCCAUCUCCUUCUUCCUCCUCUAGACCCUCGUGAUACAGAUACCUUAUGCUUCUGUCAUUUAAGAGAAUGUUGUUGACUUGUGAUACUGUCUCAGGCUCUGUGCCAACAGAACAAGUACAAGGCUCAUGCCAUAUUUGAAAUCAGUUAGCCCCCUCCUU